CAUACUGUAGAGUGGAUGAUUGUGGUUUUUACAGAGCUGUGCUCUCUCCCCCAGACCCCUGCAGAGCAGACUAAAGCCACACUCCAGCUGGUGCUCCAGGCUGCAGCCAAAACGGAUGAGGUGCUGAAAGCCAAGGAAAAGAAGGAGGAGGAAGCUCGGAAAAAGAAGGAGGAAGAGGAGGCAUCGCUGGAGGAGCAGGUCCGCCGCAUCCAGGACAUCGAGGCCAUCAACAGCGACUCUUUUGUUGCCCAGGCUUUCAAAUCAAGCAGAGACAGCAAAAAGGUGUCUGACACGGUGGAGGUAAAGCAGGAAGUGGAGCAGGUUGACCCGCCCCCUGAGAAAGAGGAGGUGUGUCUCCCUACAGCCAUUCGUUACCAUGACAGCGACUCCCUGGCCCACCCCAGCCUCUUUAUGGAAAAGGAGGAGGCGGAGGAGCUUUGGCUGAACAGACUCAUCUCCCUGCGCCAGGAGAGGCUCAUGGGAAGUCCUGUACCCUGAUCUGCUCCGCAGACCGGCCGUCUGAUUGGACGAGACGAGCAGCACCAAUCAAACGGGGGCUUGAAUCAG